CUUAAAUCUUGGUUCAUUUGAGCUACGCUGCCCACUUUCACUAACCACUGCAUAUAUUCCUUUUCGCAUCUCAUUCUUUUACAGUCUAUUCGCUUCACACUCUCAUUCUAUCCCAAAGCAAUAUUGUCAUGGGCGAACAACUCGCCAACCACGUCACCGUUACGCCUCACCCCAUCAAACCUCUCACCUACCUAUCACAAAAUCUUUGGGUUCCCUCCGGCGCCCGAGGGGUGUUUGGAGGUCAAAUACUCGCCCAGGCUAUCAUGGCAGCGACUUCUUCUAUAUCUCCACCACUUGGCCUGCACAGUGCACAUUGUUACUUCCUCUUGCCUGCCCAGCGUGAUCCAGAGAUUGAGUACAGAGUAGAAAAGCUUAGCGACGCAAGGUCUUACUCGUCCAGAUUGGUCAGAGCUUGGCAAGGGGAAAAGGAAAUAUUUGUUCUCAUGGCCAGCUACGCAUUACCUCCCAAUCCUUUACCUUCCGACUUUGGAGAAAAUAAUGACAAGAGUCACUCCAAGAACGGGCCAAAGCACUCGUUGGCGUUUUCAGUGGACCCCCCUACACAUACCCCUUUGGGAAGUAGGAAGGUCUUACCCAAAUUCGAAUUGCCCUGUCCUGAUAACAUAUUACCACCAUCAGAAUGUGAAGAAGAUGCGGAUUUUCUGGAGAGGUGGAUACGAGAACGGGAGGGCAAGAACAAGAAAAUUUGGGAGAAGAAAUUCUUUGAAGAGUACAUUCAGGAAAGGAAAUCGUCACCAGUGUCCAUAGCUCGUGCUCGUAGAACGUCUACACAGAACGAUAUAGCAACACCUCCCCAAGUGCGAAUGAGUUGGUUGCGGAUCAAGUCUGUAGGUCCAGACAGACUCAAUGAAGAAACGGUCAAAGCUAUGAUAGCUUACAUGUCAGACUUCCAAUUCAUUGGCACCACUGCACGUUCUGUCGGUCUCAAUCAAAACUCAAAUCCGCGCCUUGGUAUGCUUGCUUCCCUAGAUCAUGCCAUACAUUUUUACCCUUUCCCGGAUACCUUUGACCCCUCCGCGCCAUUGUUACAUGUCAUGGAAGCUCAGGCUGCCAAUCUUUCCUCGGGCAGAGGUAUUGCUCGCGGAAGAAUAUACACUCCUGACGGACAUCUAAUUGCUGCAACGGGACAAGAAGGUGUAGUUCGGGCGGAAGGCAAGGGGGGUAAACGUAAGGGGCUCAUAGAAGGUGGCAUGGACGAAGCGGACGUGAGAAAAAAUGACGCCAAGGCCAAACUAUAGCCAAUAUAUGCAAAAGCAUGUCUGUAAUAGAUAGAAAUGAACAUACGAUGUUCUCUUACACAGUCUAAAUGCAAUUCAUAAAGAAAG